AUGGAAGUGGGGGUGACUCUGCCUGUUUUGCCUGUUUUUGAAGCCCUUUCCUCCGACCAGCCUCCCUCAUCCAGCUUUGAAAAGAGAGUCUGCGAGCAUGAGUGGGAGGCGGCGGGUCUGCAACUCCGGCCUUCCUGGCUGACUGCUCCGAGCCGCAGCCCCAGUCAUGAACCGGUUCGUCACCCGAUUGGUGGGAGCCACGGCGAACCCGCUAGGAAAGCAACUGGAAUUCGAAAAGGAAUUAGUCCUAUGAAUCGUCCACCUCUAAGUGACAAGAAUAUAGAACGAUAUUUUCCAACGUUAAAAAGGAAGACAAGUCUUCUGAGACAAAAUGAAGUACAAAGGAAACCAGUUGCAGUUCUCAAGAGACCUAACCAGUUAAACAGAAAAAAAAAUACCAUUCCAGCUAAUUUUACCAGGAGCGGAAAUAAACUAAGUCAUCAGAAAGAUACUGGUCAAUCAACUUUUCUUUUCAGAAGAGGCCUAAAGGUUCAGGCCCAGUUGAACACAGAACAGCUGCUAGAUGAUGUUGUAGCCAAGAGAACUCGUCAAUGGCGUACUUCCACCACAAAUGUAGGAAUUUUGACUGUAUCCAUUGACAACCCUGGAGCAGUACAGUGUCCAGUAGCUCAGAAACCACGAUUAACUCGUACUGCUGUACCCUCAUUCUUGACAAAAAGAGAGCAGUCCGAUGUUAAGAAAGUUCCUAAAGGUGUCCCUCUACAGUUUGAUAUAAAUAGUGUGGGAAAACAGACAGGGAUGACUUUGAAUGAACGAUUUGGGAUACUGAAAGAGCAAAGAGCCACUCUCACAUUCAACAAAGGAGGAAGCCGAUUUGUAACUGUGGGAUAGAUCCACGCCAAA